ACGAGUCACAUGACAGUCAAGAUGGCGACCGCCGUGCAUGUUGUGGUGUUGUCGGUGUUGUUGUCGGUGGUUGGAGGUGAAGAUGCAAAUAAGGUCAACGUUCACGCCGUAUAUGAUGAAACCAGUGGACGGUUCCAGAUACGUGAGGGACUCGACACAAAGCAUGCCCUGGCUUGGGCACAGUUCAUCAACUCUGUCAAUGAGACUGGCUGGGGUUAUCUUGAAGUCGGCACGCUGUAUCAUGAAUACCAUGCCAAGUACAACGACUCCAUGUUGGCCUACGCUGCCGGCUUGGUGGAGGGCUACGUCACACGUGACCUCAUCACCAUGCACUGGGAGAACACCAUGGCCGGCUACUGCGAGGAACCUUACUCCGCCUACUGCCGGCGUCUGCGCGACUUCCUCGAGACCAACUUAAACUGGAUUCGAACCUCCAUAAAAAACAACCCCAAUGACCCCUACUGGCAUCAGGUGGAGAUGUUCUACACCCAGCUGCGGGGGAUGUCCGACGGCUACAACAAUGACCCUCAGAGGCCCUCGCUGGACAUAGAUCCAUUCGGGUUGUACAUGUUCCAGAUCAGCGACGACGUGGAAGACCUGGAGAUAGCGCUUCACAAACCCGGCGUCAAGGUCGACCAGCCACGACGUGGUCACUGUUCCGCCAUCGUCAAGCUCAACCCCAAGUUCAAGGACGUCUUCGUCUCCCACAACACGUGGUCCCACUACAAAACCAUGGUGCGCAUGCUCAAGAGAUACACCCUUCAGUACAGUCUGACUGACGCCAUGCAGGGUAUGCUACCCAUGGGCAGCGUUUCCGCGUUCUCCUCCUACCCCGGCUACCUCGUCUCCUCCGACGACUUCUACGUACUCUCCUCCUUGAUGGUCUCUAUGGAAACAACCAUCCCCAACAACAACCCCGCCCUGUACCAGCACACGAAGCCCGAGGGGUGCGUGUUGGAGCCCGUGAGGGUGUGGGCGGCCAACAGACUUGCCACGACGGGACAGGAGUGGGUGCUUAACUUCACCCGCUACAACAGCGGCACCUACAACAACCAGUGGAUGGUUGUGGACCAAAAGUUAGUCCAAGAAACUAUACCCCCGGGGGUACUGACGAUCGUAGAGCAGAUGCCGGGCUACGUUGAAUAUGCAGAUGUGACUGACGUCUUAACGAAGAACACCUACUGGGCCAGCUAUAACAUUGCAUAUUUCCCUAAGAUAUUCAACAUGAGCGGCCAACAACAGUUUGUCGACAAGUAUGGGGACUUUUUCACGCACGACAUGUGCCGCCGUGCUCAGAUAUUCCGCCGCGAUCACCACAACGUCAAGGACAAAGAGACGCUGUAUCAAUUAAUGAGGUACAACGACUUCCAACACGACCCCCUGUCUAAGUGCAACUGCACCCCUGGGUACAGCGCCGACCUCGCCAUCGCAGCUCGCGACGACCUGAACGACGAAACCGGGACCUACCUCUACGACGACCUGGGAUACGCUUUGGAGGGAGCUAUAGACGUGAAGAUGGUAGAGACGUGGGAGAUGCAGUGGCUGUUGUUUGAUGCCGUCUCGGGGCCCACGUCUGACCAGCAACCGCCGUUCCAGUGGUCAAAGGUCAAGGACGCAGACGAGUACCCCCACUUCGGACAGCCAGACAUAUUCAACUUUAAACCAGUGUCAUUUAACGGAACACUAAUACCUCCUACCACGCCCGCUUGGUACCCAGAAACAUGACAUACAGUCAAACCUCGUUUAUCCGGACGGUACCGUUCAGUGAAAUCGUCCGGAUUAACAAAUGUCCAGAUUAAUGAAUCAGGUUACUAAUUAUUUUGAUCGUCACAAAUGUCCCUAACAUAACAGGUUUACAGAAUAAACGAAAUUUCAAUGUAUUCAUGUUACUAAAUAAGAUUUUUUAUUUAUAUUUUCUAGCUCAAGUUUUUUAAUGUUAUGUUAUGUAUCGUAUAAUAAAAUUAAUCAAUAUUCUACCACGACUAUGAAGACUUCGUGACUAUGAUUGGUCAAAAGAAGAUUAAAAUCAGGUCAAAAUCUUGUCGAUUAUGGUUAUGUUUUACGGGGGACCAAUUGGUAUAUAAGUACAAAUAACCAGUUAAUCAGUUUUUUGAAAAACAAGUUAGUUCCGCGUUUUUGUCACUAUUUCUAUCACCUGUCACCCCUACAAUGGAAGAUGUCGUGUUGAUUUGCUAAAUGACUUGGUUGAGUCCAAAUCAGUCCAAAUAUGCAACACGUGGUGUCGAAACGAAGGAUAUAUCAAUACAUGGUUAUUUCAUCAGUAUUCCUUUUGAAAAACGAUGUCUUUUUGAAACCAUUAUUUUGAACUAGUCAAGUAAAUAACAAGUAAUUCAUCUUGAACGUCUAUACGUUUGGUACUGCCUGUGACCCCUUUUCGGCAGGUUCUACGAUAGCUGGCAUAUUUGCCCGUGUGUACGCUUACAUGUGUCGUGGUAGAAUGAACAUAUUUCGUAUUUAUACAUUGAAAACCACGCGCUAAAGCUUUCGGUUCCACAUUAAUAAAGGAGGUAUCUAAUCUACGGUUAGAUGACCUCAAAUUUCAAAACAAAGUAGGUUUACCUUCUAAUUUAAGACACCUGUUUGAUGAUGGGUGUUUCGUUUUGUUUAUCAGUAAGAUGUCAGAUGUAAUCAAUUAUUACCUUAAACAGUCAACGAAAUAAUCAUGUUAAUCUCUCUCAUAUAUGCAGUUGUUGUUACUGAUAAUCCUCCACCUACUAUAUAUAUUUUGUACCAUGUUUAUUAUUCUGCCUUGCUUGACAACGGUAUUAGGAUCUUUUCCGAAACGUCACCAUUACAGUAAAAUAAAGAAGUUAUCCAUAAA